GGCCGGAAACUGCGGCCACUUGUAAAUCAGCUGUUGUCUAUUUCUGUUCACUUUUAUUUUUAUCGCUUUUUUUUUUGUUUUGCGUUUUUAAAACGCACCCGCAAAAUGUUUAAACCGGAAAGUUAUGGGCUCAGCCCGGACUUUCGCCUCACCAAAUUCUCCACCCUACGGGGGUGAGGCUCGAAAGUUCCUCAAGAUGUCCUAAACCGACUUCUUGCAGGAGUGUACGGAGAGCAGCUAGGUGAUAAGGAUGGGAAGGGACCGAACAAGGAGGAGGGUGUUGGAAUUGGAUUGGAUUCGUCUGUAAUUGCGCUCAAACGCGACCUUUUCCUGGUACAGUCGGUCGAUUUCUUCUACCCGCUGAUCGACGAUCCGUUUAUGCUGGGGAAGAUCGCGCUCGCGAACGUUGUCAGCGAUGUGUUCGCUGUCGGGGCGACGGAAAUCGACCAAAUCAAGCUGAUAGUUACCGCACCGACCGAGUUCACUGAGCAGGAGCGCGAGGUGGUGGUGCCGAUGGUGAUGCAGGGCUUUCUGGAGGCGGCCAAAGCGUGCAACGCGCCGGUCCAGAUCGGCAGCAUUGCGGAGAACCCGUGGUGCGUUAUUGGCGGUGCUGCCUCCGCUGUCUGCCAUCGUUCGGAGCUGAUAAUGCCAUACAACGCACAACCAGGCGAUGCGCUCGUGCUAACCAAACCGCUCGGCACCCAGCUCGCCACGAACGCGUACAUCUGGAUGGGCGAACAGCAUUCGGACAGCUGGGCCCGGCUGCGGGAACGCUUCACCGUGGCCGAUAUCGAGCAGACGUACCGGAUCGCGCUGGAAUCGAUGUCCCGGCUGAACAAAACCGGUGCCGAGCUGAUGAAAAAGUACGGCGCACAUGCGGCUACCGAUGUGACGGGUUUCGGGCUGUACGGGCACGCGGAAAACUUGGCAUCGCACCAGACGGCCGACGUAGAUUUCCAUCUCGACACGCUGCCCAUCAUUAAGAAUGUGCGCGAAAUGGCGGACACGCUCGGGCGCGGUGCCAAGUUGCUGGCGGGGAAGGCGGUCGAAACGAGCGGCGGGUUGCUGAUUUGUUUGCCCCGCGAGGCGGCGGCCGGCUUCUGCGAGGAGUACAGACGGUGUACCGAGCGCGAGGCGUGGAUUGUGGGGCGUGUGGAGAAGGGCGCGCGCGGUGUAAAGAUGGAUCCAAACCUUAACAUACUGUCGGUUGAGUGAGGGCGGUUUUUUGCAGAUCGAACAGAUUGUACGACAGGCGUACUUUUGGGGCGGGUGCAAUUCAAGCGUAUGAAACGAACUUCGUAAAGGCUGCAAAGGUCGGGAAGUUUGUGGAAGCUUUCUUGAACGAUCCGGCCAGUGUUCCUGUGUGCGCUGUUCGGUUUUAAUAAAGCCAAUAAUAAAUAUUUUA